CUGCAGGUGGCGGCGCUGGCAUGAGCCGGAAGCAGCAACGGGGCGACGAUGGCUUUAGCCGCGGCCUCGAGCACCAGAAGCAGCUCUGCGACGAGGGCAUGGCGCUCGUCAACUCGGGCGUCUCGCUCCAGAACGCCGGCGACGCCGAGCUGGCCGAGAAGAACUUUACCCGCGCGGUCGAGAUCUUUGAGCGGGCGCUCGCGAUCGAGUACCGGACCGCCGAAGAGACGGAAGCGGCCGGGCGGCUCAACACCAAGAUGGUGCGCUACGUCAACAUGAUCAAGUCGCAGCGGGCCAAGAACCCGGCGGCCAACAACAAGCGCGCGCCGACCAAGUUCAACAUCCUCGACAUGGACAACUUGCCGCAGAUGUAUACGUCUGUCAUGCAAAAGUUUGCAAGCGGACCCGGUGGCGAUAUCUUCGAGACGCUGAAGAACGCGUUUGGCUUCCAGGAAGGCAACGUCAUCAACCAGCGGGAGCACUUGACGCUGCUCUUGACCAACUGGAAAGAGUACCAGGACGUUCCAGACCCGAAAGCGCGGGGCGAGCAGCCGCCGACGCAGUACCCGCGCGACCCGGCGCGCGACAUGCAGCUCAUGGACAAGGCGAUCACCAAGUUCCACGCCAAGCUCUUUGACAACUACAAGAAGUGGACCAAGUACGUUGGGAAGAAGCCCGCGUUUACGCGUGAGCCGCUCAUGGACAUUGUCCUCUUCUUCCUUAUCUGGGGCGAAGCCGGCAACUUUCGGCAGACGCCAGAACUGCUCUGCUUUCUCUUCCACACGCUUGCCCCGUCGGCGUCCGGCGGCGGCGGCGCCAAGGAGCCUGGCGACUACCUCGACAAGGUCAUCCGGCCCAUGUACGCGGAGCUCAAGAAGGACAACGAUAAGAAGACGUCCAAGGGCGCGCGGGCAGCGCACCGACACAUUCGCAACUACGACGACUUUAACGAGUUUUUCUGGACCAAGAAGUGCCUCAAGUACAACGCGUACAACAUUGGCGAGGCCUUUGCGAGCGCCGACAAGAAGGGCAACCCCAAGGUCGUCAAGAAGACGUUCAACGAAAACCGCACAUGGACGCGGGCGCUCAUGUCGUUCCGGCGCAUCUUCCUCUUCAACUUUGCGCUCUUCCUUGCGACCGUGGGCUUCGCCGUCAACAUGGUGCUGGUCUGCCCCGACUCGCCCAUCAUGUACGGCGACCAGAUCCCGCCGACCAUCAACGUCUUUGGCAAGUUUUACGCGGACCAGCGAGGCGCCGAACGUGGCACGUCGGACGCCGAAUCCGACCUCGCGCCCGGCACGUUCACCAACGGCACGUGCAACGGCGCCAAGCUCGCGACCUGCCUCGGCGUUAACGGCUACAUUGCCGGCACGUCGCUUGUGAACUUGCCCGUGGACUUUCGCCAGCUGCUGCAGGACAUCCCGUUCACCAACUGCGUCCAGAAGCAGUCGGGGCGCUGCACGUGCUACCUCGAGCUCAUCGAGACGUGCUGGGCGCAGAAGGGCACGGUCAACUACAUUCCGGACCCCGAGAGUGCGCCCAACAAGCUCAAGGCGAUCCGAUUUGACCAAACAAAGUGCAUUCCCAAGUACAAGGCGGCUGCGCUGAAGAUCAUCAACGAGAACAAGCUGCCCGGGCAGCUCAACUGCGGCAUGUGCCGGCUCGAGAUCAAGCAGCUGCCGUCGACGCUGCCCAAGCUGUUUGUCGAGCUCAUCAACUUCAAGCGCACGGACAAUGGCCACCUCAUCUUUUUCGGUGGCGCCGGCUGCGUCGCGCUGGUCUUCGCGUGCGAGAUCCUCGGGCGUCUCUUCUCGGGCGUCGGCGUCGGCUUUGUGGGGCGGUCGCUGCCCGUUCCGUUUGGCGCGUACUGUCGCUACACGUGCUUUUGGAUGUUCCUCUUCCUCAUCAAGCUGCUCUUCGACUACAACUUUAUGGUCAAGAACCUCGUCGAGACGACGCUCUUCAUUUGGCUGAGUAACUCGGCCGACUACCUCCAAGUCUCGCAGUUUAUGGUACAGAUGAGCUACCACAACAUUCUGUACAUCUUCUUCCUCUGGGUGCCGGCCAUCAUGGUGUUCCUCUACGACGCGCAGAUUUUUUACGCGAUUCUGUCGGUCAUCUUUGGUUCGAUCCGCGGCUUCAACCUCCGCAUCGGUGAGCUCCGGUCGUUCCGCAUCCUUCGCCUCUCGUUCAAGUCGAUCCCGAAAGUCUUCAACAAGAAGAUCGUCUCCAACUUGAUCGAAGCUGCCGCCAAGAAAAAGAAGGCCAAGAAGCCCAAGAAGGGCGCCAAGAACGACGAGCCCGCGCCCGAGCGCCGCUUUGAGCGCGUCUCGUACUCGGAAGGCUCCAAGCCGCUCACGGUCACGGCGAAGGGCUUCUCGUCGCUCCUCGAGAACGACGGCUACAACGAGGUCAAGACGCCGGGCUCGUCGGCCGUCGACACUGCGCGCAGCUCCAACAUUGGCUCGAUCACGGGCGUGUCCGGCCCCGAGUUUGAGCGCACGAUUCCGUUUGCGAUGGCGUGGAACCGCUGCCUGACCUCGAUGCGCGAAGCCGACGUGCUCAGCGACCGCGAGCUCAACGUGCUCAGCUACCUCAUCGACACGAAGGACGUGGCCGAGCGUCGUCUGUACCCGCCGGCGUUCCUCACGGCCGGCAAGCUCGACGAGUCGCUCGACAUCAUCACCGAGUGCUACGCCGUCUACGAAAAGCUCAAGGCCGACAAGAAGAAGGGCAAGGCGCUGCAGAAGGUCGAGACGUCGAUGACGGAGCGUCUCGUCAAGGACGAUCUGCGUAUCGAGGCGAUCCUUGGCUCGUACAAGUUUUCGUCCCAAGUCGUGCGCCUCCUCCUCGGUGACGAGCACAAGGAGCUCGACGACUGCUUUGCGUUCAUCGAAGAGUCGGUGCAGACGAAGAAGGCGAUGACGGGGCUCAACUUUUCCAACUUGUAUCAGUGCCGGUCGGCGUGUGCUGACCUGAUGAAGUCGAUCCUCGAGGUGCCCAAGUCGACGAACGAGGCGAGCAUCAAGUUUCAGCGGUCGCUCUAUCACGUGAUUGACAACGUGGAGGCCGUCAUCAACUGCCUCAAGAAGGUGCUCUCCAAGCAGGAGAACCUCGUCAAGAUCCUCAACGACACGCCGCUGAAACCCAACUCGUUCUUCUUUCCCGGCGACGCCCAGCAUUACGCGAGCGUCCAGCUGCAAAAGAUUGUCAACGACCAGACGGCCAUGGACAUCAUCUCGCGCGCGUACCAGCUGCUGACCGUCGACAACUUUGAUGCCGAGCCGCGGUCAGAGGAAGGCCAGCGCCGUCUGCGCUUCUUCGCCAACUCACUCUUCAUGGAGAUGCCCGAGGCCAAGCCGCUGCGCCAGAUGCACUCGCUCACGAUCUCGACGCCGUACUUCAACGAGAUCGUGCUCUACUCGAUCAAGGACCUUACGACGCAGAACGACGACUGCAUCAAGCUGCUCUACUACCUGCAGACGAUCAACCCGUUCGAGUGGGAGAACUUCCUCGAGCGCAUCAACUGCAAGGACAUGCACGAGGCGCUCAAGAAGUUUCCCGAAGAAGUCCAGCUCUGGGCCUCGUACCGCGGUCAGACGCUUGCCCGCACUGUGCGCGGCAUGAUGUACAACGAAGACGCGGUCCGGUUCCUCCACUGGCUCGAGAUUGGUGAGAACGAACCGAUGCACUUGGCCGGCUGCGAGUGCAACCGCUGCAUCCGCCUCGAACAUAUGGUCGCGCUCAAGUUCAACUACAUUUGCGCGUGCCAGAUUUACGGUCGGCAGAAGGACGAGCAGCGCCAGCAGGCAACUGACAUUGAUUUCCUCAUGAUGAAGCACCCGGGUCUGCGCGUCGCGUACGUCGAUGGCCCGAAGAAGGUCAAGGACGGCCCGCCCAAGUACUUUUCUGUGCUCAUCCGCGCCCAAGGCGACAAGAUCACGGAAGUCUACCGCAUCGAGCUGCCCGGCGACCCGAUCAUUGGCGAAGGCAAGCCCGAGAACCAGAACCAGGCGGUGGUCUUCACGCGAGGCGAGAUGCUCCAGUGUAUCGAUAUGAACCAAGACGGGUACCUCGAAGAGUGCCUCAAGAUGCCCAACCUCCUCGCGACCGUCGAUCGCAAGGAACACGCCAAGACGCCGCUCACGAUCAUUGGCUUCCGCGAAUACGUCUUCACGGGCGGCGUCUCGAACCUCGCGUCGUUCAUGCAGAUCCAAGAGCUUUCGUUCGUCUCGCUCGGUCAGCGCAUGCUCGCGCUCUUCCACGUCCGCCAGCACUACGGCCACCCCGAUAUCUUCGACAAGAUGUUUGCGAUGACGACGGGUGGCACGGCCAAGGCCUCCAAGGGUGUCAACCUCUCGGAAGAUAUUUUUGCCGGUUUCAACACGACGCUUCGCGGCGGCCGCGUUUCGCACGAGGAGUUCAUCCAAGUCGGCAAGGGUCGUGAUGUCGGUAUGCAGCAGCUCGCGCUCUUCGAGGCCAAGCUCUCGUCCGGUGCUGGCGAGUGCGUCAUCUCGCGUGACGCGAUGCGCAUGGGCUCCCGCCUCGACUUUUGGCGCCUCCAGUCGUGGUUUUACGGUAACCUCGGCUGGUAUUUCACGCAAACGAUGACGGUCUUUGGCGUCUACUUCUUCAUCUACGGCAAGAUCUACUUUGCGUUCUCGGGCCUCGACGCGUUCUACCUCCGUACUGGUGGUCUCGGUAUCUCGGGUGCGCUUAACACGUCGUGGGCGCUGCAGUUUGGCUUCCUCCUCGUCGUGCCCGUCAUUGCCGUCGUCGGUGUCGAGCGCGGUUUCCGUCACGGCUUCAGCUACCUCCUCUGGAACGUGCUGACGCUUGGUCCGCUCUUCUUCACGUUCCAAAUGGGCAACCGUAUGCACUACUUUGACCGGACGCUCAUCCACGGCGGCGCCAAGUACCGCGCGACCGGUCGUGGCUUUACGAUCAAGCACGAGAAGUUUGCCGAGCUCUUCCGGUUCUACGCGUUCAGCCACUUUUACCGCGGCGUCGAGCUCAUGUUCCUCCUCGUGUUAUUUUACGCGUACGGGACGUUUUCGUGGUGCAACUGCUCGUGGCGCACGGACCAGCUCUUCUACAACAACAUCGAGCCGCUGCCGUACGAGUGGAACAUCCGGUGUUAUGCCAACUUUUACCAGAGCUGCGUGCUGCCGACCAACCAGAACUAUGGCAUCAUGAGUUACUCGCUCUGGAUCAUUGCCGCGACGUGGAUCUGGGCUCCCUUCUUCUUCAACCCGAGCGGCCUCGACUGGGACAAGGUCAUUGAAGACUACAACGACUGGCAAAACUGGCUCCAGACGAAGAACGACUCGAGCGAGUCGUGGUUUGGCUGGUGGACGACCGAGCUCGAGUACCUCGAGCACUCGACGGCGAGCGCGCGCUUUGUGCAGAUGAUUCGCAAGACGCGCUUCCUCCUCAUCGCGAUCGGGCUGUACCUCCAGAUGAUGUACCGCAUCUUUUACAAGAGCCAGAACAAGGUCGUGUCGACCAACAAGGAUGACGGCGUGCUCGAGUUUUACAAGCCGUUCAUCAUUGUCGGCGCGCUCUUCGUGCUCAUGAUCCUCCUCGUCUGCUGCGGCUACUGCGCGUCGCGCUUCACGAAGAAGAGCCAGAUGAAGCAGAAGAAGCUGCGCAAGAUCAAGUUCAACAUCUCGUUCACGGUGCUGGUGCUUGUGCUGUUUUCGUUCUUGUACCUCUCGGUCACGGAGGUGCUGGAGAUUUGCCUCAUCGUCGUCGUCGCGACCUACUGGUUUGUGCAAGUGAUGAUCGUGCGCCUCAAGAGCGGCCACAUCGUCGUCCACGCGCUCGGCAAGUUUUACGACCGCGCCGUCGGCUGGAUCGUCUUUGGCCCGAUCUUGUUUGUCGCGAUGUUCAUGCCUUUCAUCUCGUCGUUCCAGCAGCGCGUCAUGUUCAACUCUGCGUUCACGUCCGGCCUCGAAGUCUCGAAGCUCUUCGCCAACGAAGCCGUCCCGACCCAGACGCUCAAGGCCAAGCGCACCAAGAAGAAGAAGCGCGACGACUAGCUUUCUAGCAUUUAUAUCGACAUUUUGAUUUGAGAUUCCGAGUUCAUUGACGAA